CCCCGAGCGCUGCGCAGGAAGUGACGUCCAUCUCCCGCGCCGCCGGAAAGCCACUUCCGGCGCCCUCCAGGAUAAAAGGCUCCGCGGGAGGCUCGCGGCCUCCUCUUCGCCGCGCGGCCCAAGAUGGCGGACACGCAGACGGAGCGCGCGUACCAGAAGCAGCCCACCAUCUUCCAGAACAAGAAGCGGGUGCUGCUGGGCGAGGGUGGCAAGGAGAAGCUGCCCCGGUACUACAAGAACAUCGGCCUCGGCUUCAAGACCCCCAAGGAGGCCAUUGAGGGCACCUACAUUGACAAGAAGUGCCCCUUCACAGGCAACGUGUCCAUCCGUGGCCGCAUCCUCUCGGGGGUGGUGACCAAGAUGAAGAUGCAGCGCACCAUCGUCAUCCGCAGGGAUUACCUGCACUACAUCCGCAAGUACAACCGCUUCGAGAAGCGCCACAAGAACAUGUCCGUGCACCUCUCACCCUGCUUCAGGGACGUGCAGAUCGGGGACAUCGUCACGGUGGGUGAGUGCCGGCCCCUCAGCAAGACCGUGCGCUUCAACGUGCUCAAGGUCACCAAAGCUGCGGGCACCAAGAAGCAGUUCCAGAAGUUCUGAGGCAGCAGCUGCAGAAAUAAACGUGAUGGAAAGGUC